AUGAUUCUAGGGUUUGUAAAUCAGUCAUCUCAUAGUCGCCCUGCCCUCGGUCAUGAAGCUUUAAUCCCGAGUAGCUCCACGCCGUACAAAUAUACCAUGCCGCCGCCCAAUCUUCCGGCGCUACUACGUACAAUUCUGUCAAGGCCAUGCCCAAAUCAGUUCGCGAAAUUCUGCACUCUGAAAAAUGCCGGACCCGGCGAGAACUCGCCGGAAAACGGCCCCGUCGUCUCCUACCUGGUCGACUCAUGUGGUUUGUCGCCGGAAGACGCCAUUGCUGCUUCUAAGAAAGUCCAUUUCGGCACACCCGUCAAGCCUAACGCCUUUCUGGAUCUUCUCAAAAAUGAGGGUUUCACAAAACCCCAAAUCUCCAGCAUCGUGAGGGCAAAACCCAGGUUGCUUCUGUCGAAGCCGGAAAAUUCAAUCCUUCCCAAGAUCCAAUUUUUCCAGAGCUCGUUCUCCGGAGUUCCUAAGAAGGACGUUCUUGCCACCAUCUCGAAAUACCCCUUUCUCUUGACCAUGAGCUUGGAGCAAAAGCUCGCUCCCAACUUGGAUUACCUCAAAAAUCUGCUCGGGCCUGAAAAGGCCGCAGCUCUCUUUGCCCGCGGAUCGCACUUUUUGACCUGGGCUAGCAAUCAGAACAGGUUCAUUUCUAACGUGGACCACCUGCGGGAGAUUGGGGUGCCUACCUCGCAACUCGAGCGCGCCUUUUUCCUGUGCCCUGGGAUUUUUUCUUUGGAACACUCUGAAUUCAGGAAACUCGUGCAGGAAGUGAGGGAAAUGGGUUUUAACCCGUCAAGAUUGAUUUUUUUCCUGGCCAUCAAUGCUCGUUCAGGGAAGUCCUGUUUGGCCCUGUGGAACAGAUGCUAUGAAGUUUAUCGAAAAUGGGGAUGGUCGAGGGAUGACAUAUUGGGUGCAUUCUUGAAGCAUCCCAAUUGCAUGCUUUGUUCGGAGAAGAAGAUUACGGCUUUCUUUGAAUUUGUGUCUCGUGAGUUGGGUCGGGAUGCAAAGUCAGUGGCUAAGAAGCCAACUAUUAUCUUUUUCAGUAUGGAAAAGAGAAUAGUCCCCAGGUGCACGUUCGUACGUGACUUAGCUUCAAAGGGCUUGAUCAAGGAAGAUUGGAACUUGAAUAAGGUGCUUGUCAUUAGUGAGAAAGAUUUCAUAGAAAGCUAUGUGUUGCCGUUUGCUGGGGAGGCACAGGAGCUUUGCGAAACUUAUGCGUCAAGGAAAGCAGAAGCUGGAGAGAAUGUGAGUUUUGUUAAACUCAUGUACAAGCUUAGCUAG